AGAAGCCUACUUAGAAGAUAGCGAAGAUGCUCAAAAUACUCGUGUUUCUUGCUCUCGUCAUGGUCGCUGCAAGACGUGGCUGGACCAAAAAGAUUCCUGGUGUAAGCGCAGCCAACAUGGAAAAACUUCACCAAAUCAUGAGUCCUCGACCUCAUGGACUUAAAGAGUUUGAGAGAAGGUUUUUGGAAUGGGAGAACAGCUUGCCGCCAGCAGAGAAGGCAGCAGCACAAGCCUAUCGAGAGCAAUGGCACAAUAGAUAUAGAAAAAUGCUCGAACAAGGCAUUCCGGGAGUAAGUGCUGCCAGCAUGACCAAACUACGUCAAAUGAUGGAGCCUUUACCAGAACGCAUGGGAGCAUUCCUAGAGAAGAUGCAUGAAUGGAUGAACAGUCUACCGCCUGAGGACAAGAAAGCAGCAGAAGCGUACCGAGAACAGAUACGUCAGAGACAUGCAGCUCGUCGUGCUUUCCACCACUUUAAAAAAAGUCAUAUGUAAAAUUUAUGCUGUGGUACUGUUGAUCUUGUAUCAUGAACCUGGUGGCAUGAAGAUUUCAACCUGUUUACUCGAUCCAAAAAUGCUUGCUGGC